AUGGCUACCACCACCACCGACGACGACGGCUCCUUCGUCUUUCCCCGCGAAUACAAUUUUCCAGCCUUCUUCACCCGCCAGACAAACCUCACCACUCUCCAUGCCCAGCGCACAAAGUGGUCCGACCUAAUCCUCUCAUACGCUCGACAUAAUCGCAUCUUCCGUCUUUCCCUCUCAGAAGCCGCCGACUCGGACCUUUUUGUCAACCGUAAACUAGACCGUCGUCUACAGUUUGAUGAUGUCCGCGAUGUCGUCGUCUUUAUGCAUAAGGAUGGCCGUGUAGAGUAUGUCGGCGGUGGCACAACUGGUGACGUCGUUCUUGUAUACUGGCGCAAGCCUGACGAGUGGGCUGAGCUCAUUGAGAAUUAUGUCGACGAGACGGGCCAGAAGGGCAGCGUCCUGACUAUCUAUGAGCUUGUCGAGGGCGAUGGCACCAAGGGAACUGGUAGGUUUACAAGGAACAAGCAUGGGCAGUCACAUUGCUCACCAAUAGUAGAUAUCCAUGGAAUGGACCAAGAUGUCCUCAUUAAAGCCCUUAAUGUCCUUGUCAAGCGAGGCAAGGCUCAAAUCUUUGGCCAAGACGACUCAUUAGGCGUCAAAUUCUUCUAA